AUGAUCCUGAUUCUCACUUUGGUGUCUGUGUUGGGUGUGUGUGUGUGUGACCCCGCCCCCCCCGGCUGGGCGGAGCCUCUGGACUGUGUGCGGGCCUCGGAGCUGUGCAACCAGAAGCCCCAGUGCAGCUCUCAGUUCCGCAUCAUGCGCCAGUGCCUGUCGGGGGGGGGCCGCGAGCGCAGUACCAUGCUGGCGUCCAGAGAGUGCCGCGGGGCGCUGGAGGUCCUGAGGGACUCCACGCUGUACGACUGUCGCUGCAAGAGGGGCAUGAAGAAGGAGCUGCAGUGCCUUCAGAACUACUGGAGCAUCCACAUGGGGCUCACGGAGGGGGAAGAGUUUUACGAGACAUCUCCCUACGAGCCGAUCCAUUUUUCAGAAGAAUUCAGACAUGCCUCCAUCAUCUCAGACUCGUCUCUGUCGAGGAUGAGCCCCUGCUCGGAGGCGGGGAAACCCUGUAACCCGUGUCUGGACGCGGCGAAGUCGUGUAAUCUGAACGAGACGUGCAAACGCCUUCGAUCUGCAUACAACUCCAUCUGCAGCAAGGCCACGCCCCCUCAGCCCACGCUGGCCAAUCAGGAGCCCUGCAGCCGCAAGAGGUGUCAGAAGGCUCUGCGUCAGUUCUUCGAGCGAGUCUCCUGGGAGCUCAGCUACCCCCUGCUGUUCUGCUCCUGCUCGGAUCAGGCCUGCGCCGAGCGCCGCCGCCGCACCAUCGUCCCGUCCUGCUCCCACCAGGAGAGAACCAGGCCUUCCUGCCUGGAGCUGAGGGCCAACUGCCGCUCUGACGCGCUCUGCAGGUCUCGUCUCGCUGACUACCACAUGAACUGCCGGCCGACGCCUCACAGCGUCACCAGCUGCCCCAACGAACACUUCCACGGCUGCCUCAUGGCCUACGUGGGCCUCAUCGGGUCUGAUGUGACCCCUAACUACAGCGACAGCAGCCCCUCCAACAUCAGCCUCAGCCUCUGGUGCUCCUGCAGGGGGACAGGAGCUCAGGAGAGAGAGUGUGAGGCCUUCCAUAGAGACUUCACACACAACUGCCUGGCCUCAGAAACCACUCACAGUGCAGAUUAUUUAAUGACGCACUGCUGA